UACAUGUAGUAACUGUUCCGAUACGCUUCUUUUUAACUGCAUUCUCCCACUCCUGUUUUCUCUCCCACGCUGCUUUCGCUUCCCGCCAAUUUUUCCAUCAUGGCCGCUCUUUGAAUUCAACUAGUGAAUGGAAACUAUCCGAUCGAAGACGAAGAUUUCAAUCAAUGGAUGCCAUCAUAUCAUCCGCUGUCGAAGAAAUCUGUUCGACAGGUCGCGACGGCGUUGCUUUAUCUUCUCUCUGCUCAAAUCUCGCUUUGAACGUCGAAAUUAAACGGGUCCUGUGGGAAAACCUACUUCAGAUUCCAGCGCUUCAGUUUCGGAAGCGGAAUCGUGUUUACGAUCGCAAUGAUCGUUUGAUUCAGCGAUUUGACGAUGCGGAAAAGCUGGAUUUGAAUGUUGUUGCCAAGGACAAAUUAUGCGAUAAUUUUUUAGGCAUUUAUGAUUUCUCUUUGGGAGGUGAAGAAAAAGAGUUUCAUCAACAGCGUCUCGUUCUUGAACGUAUUGCCAGUGCUAGGACGAAUGGAAUAACUCAAAGCCAACUUAGCAAGGAAUUUGGAAUUGAAGGAAACAGAUUUUUCUAUUUGGUAAAGAAGCUUGAGAAAAGAGGCUUAAUCAUAAGACAAGAAGCACUCGUGAAAACUAGAGGAAGUGGUAAACAAUGCCUAUCCACAAAGUUAAUUCAUUUAUACCGUUAUGCAAAGCAGUUGAGAUCUCAAGAGAAAUUUGAGGUUACCAAAGAUGAAGGGACUGUGGACAAAGAGGACUCAAAUGUAGAACAUAUUGAAGAGGAUGUUCUUGUGAAUGAUAAUGUGCCACCAAUGAAAGCAAUCUGUGAUAAACUCGAAGAAGCUCAUGGCAAGGUUCUUGUCAUGUCAGAUAUUAAACGCGAUCUUGGCUAUGUUGGGUCAUGGCAGGCAAAACAUAGAUGGCAGAAAAUAUAUGACAGAUUGAAAACUGCUGGUGUAGUAGAGGAGACUAAUGUAAAAGUGAAUGGGAAGGAUAAGCGGUGCUUGCAUUUGCUAAAACAAUUUUCAUGUUUGGAUUUUGAGAAAAACACGAUCAGAUGUGUUGAAGGCAAAGAGCUGAAAUUGGGAAGAUGUCAAAUAGCUGACCAGCUUGUGGAGCUUCCCAUUGAUCAUCAGAUUUAUGACACAAUUGAUGCUACAGGAUCCAAAGGGAUGCUUAUUACUGAGGUAGGCAAGAGGUUUGGAAUUGAAAAGAAGUCGAAUCAUAGAAACUGUUUUCUAAUGAGCAACAAAUUUGGGAUGCCUAUGCAGAUGGAACUUCAUAAUAAAAGCCAUGAAUACAGAAUUUGGACAGCCAGGAAUAGUGAAUCUUCUAAUGUAAUUCCUAGUAGAUUAAAAGACCUUUUCGGCAAAAAUUCUAGUUUGGGUGUUGCCAACCCUAGGUGUUCAGAUGGAUCAGCCCGAAUAUCAGAUUUUUGGAGUUCUGAAAGUGACACCCUUUGGAAGACAAACAACCAUGAAAAUGAAAUGAAUCUCUCUUCUUUCUCUCAAAGAGAUGAUGGGGCAAGUAGUAGUAUCUCCAAUGCGUGCAAGCCACAAGAGUUGAUCCAUGAAACAAGAGCAGUGUCUCCAAACAGAACAGCUCAUUCUGUGAAGACUGCAACAUUGAUGCUUAAAGCUUGUCAGUCUUCGACAGUUGAUAGCGCCCGGAGAGAGCAGAGAAUACUUGAACUAUUACAGGUUGAAAAGCUUGUCUUGAGAACAGAGCUGUAUAGGUUUCUUGUGAAUCUCGAGAAAGACAAAGGCACAACAAUGGACAGGAAAACUGUAGACAAAAUAUUGCAGAAGCUUGCAAAUGAAGGACAAUGCAAAUAUAUAGACCUAGAUAUACAUGAGAUUAUGGAUACGGCUGUUAACCGCAAAGUCAAGGUGGUACUGCACCCAUCUAUUCAAAGUUUAUCUUCUGAAGUAAUUGGUGUAAUUCGUGCUAGAAUCAAGUCUUCUAGCAAGCUUGCUCAUGGGAAGGCCUCAUUCAGGAAGAGGAACAAUAACCCAGUUCGUCUAUUGGACUGUGUUCAAAUAACUCAAACUUAUGAUAGUUCGAAUUUCCUAUCUCUUAGGACAGAAGCCAUGCGUGCUAAUGGAUUCAUAUUUGGAAAAAUGGUAAAAGCAAGGCUGUUGCAUAGUUUUCUCUGGGAAUAUGCACAUGGUUUAUCUGCUAGGGGUGAUGUUUUAUCAUAUGGGAGACAAGAUAAUGAUCUACAGAAACCUUAUGUCACUCACAAUCUGUUUGAUAUGGAAGGAGCCACCAAGGGAAUUCCACUUGAGCUAUUUCUUCAAGUUGUGGGUUCUACUGUUAAAGUUGACAACAUGAGAGAGAAGGUUAAGAAGGGAGUGUGUUUAUGUGAUCUUUCUAUUCAAGAGUAUAAUGAUCUAAAUGAUACUUCAGCAAUUAGGAGACUAUCUUCGAUUGUAUCUAUUUUACAGAGGCUGAAGUUGAUUCGGCUGGUAACUAGAGGAAGUUCUGAUGCUGAAGUCAAUUUGUCGCAUGCCAGUCCUGUUUAUGCCCUGGAGCUUAAGCCUUAUAUAGAGGAGCCAUUAUUGGCUGCAACACAUUCAAAUUCUGGGUUUCUUGAUCUUGGCCCAGAACAGGACAUUGUCAGACAUGAGUUUACCCUCUCAAACAGAGAUGACAUUGAUGAAUACUGGCAAUUUUUGGAAUAUACUUAUGCUAGGGUUGAUCCAAAAGCUGCUUCGCAUGCAUUCCCCGGGUCUACUGUUCAUGAGAUUUUUGGCGACAGAUCAUGGACCUCUGUUCGAAGAAUGACUGUGGGUCAGCAUGCAAUGCUACUGAAACUUCUAGCCAAGAGCAAAUUCAAUGAAAAACUUCCAUACAAAAAAUGUAAGGAGAUUGCAAAGAACCUAAAUCUCACCAUAUUGCAGGUGCUUUGUGUAUAUAAUGCUAAGCUGCGACGUCGUGAAAGAAAUAAAAUUGUAAAUGCACUGGAGACUGAAUCUGAUCCGAUGGCCAUUAGUUCCUUUUCUCAAAAAAGGAAAAGAUCUGCAAAAUCUAGAGUUUUAAAGCGUAGAAAAGUUGGCAAUGAAACUGGGUCAUUUUUUCAGAAAUUUUUUUCUAGUUCAGCAGGAAGCGAUAAAGAUUUUAUAGGAGAAGAAAACAAAAUGUUAUCCUCUCCUCAGGAGCAUGCAGGUCAGUUGCAAGGACAACAAGAGGAAGAUCAUUUGAAGGAUUCUGAAAGGUCUGGAGCAAAUGGAGACAGACAUCAUUCAUCUACUAACCAUUCGGCCUUUUCCAAAUUGAAGUCAGCACGCCCAAAAAGGUUCCAGUGGACAGAUGACGCAGACAGGCAAUUGGUAAUCCAAUAUGUAAAAAACAUUGUGGGUCUCGGAGCAAACUUAACUGAGGAACAAAGGCUCUCAUUCGGUAACCUUCCAGCACAUCCAAAUGCUUGCUACAGAAGAAUGAAAUUCCUAAAGCAUAAUAGAAGAUUCAAGGAAUCUUUAAGGAGCCUUUGUAAUAUGCUUAGCAAACAACAUGAGAAGCAGAUGGAACAAAUGGAGAAGAGAUCAAUGGAUGAUGAUAAUUGUGGACCAAUCAUGCCUGGUUCAUCGGGGACAGGUACUAAGAGAAGUUUGUUUGAAGGCAUCGAAUGUAAUAAAAGCAUAGGUUUCCUGGACUCAGAUAGUUUUAAUGAGGAAAAGAUUAAGUUUGCCUUGGAAGAUGUUCUUCGGAGCAGGCAUGAGCCCUUACUGGAGGCCCCAAGAAAUGCAAAUGUCUGUGACUAUCAAUUUCCGUUAAACACUGGCAGUAACGCUGCUAAAUUUUCUAGGUGGCUUGCUGAACAUGAAAAAGAUUUUAUGAGAGGAGGACUUGAUCUCACAGUAGAUUUAAGGUGUGGAGAAACUUUUCAUUUGUUUGCCUUAAUUUAUUCGGGUGAACUGUUCAUUUCUCCUUCUAUUCCAGUUGAAGGUGUUGGAGAAGCUGAAUUUGUUAAAGGCUUUUCCGCCCCUUUUAUUGAUGACUCUUCCAUUGAUAAUCGGCGUGAAAAAGGUUUUCCAGGUAUCAAGUUAUCUGUGCAUCGAGCAUCAGUGCCAAGAGCUGUUUCUCUAGAAUCAUCAUUCAAGAACGGGGAGAAUUUUGGUGAUGAACAAUUUAUUGAUGGGUAUUAUCUAGGCAGUAAUUCUGGAACUCCUGUAGUUGGGAGCAUUUCAUCACAUUCUGAAAUUGUUAAGGAAAAUGUCAAUUUUGAACACACUGUCCCAACACCUGGGGAUUCUUGCAAGUCACCUUGGGAAUUGAUGGUUGAUCAUGCUGCACAUUUGAUGCCAUUAACUUCCAGUCAAGAAUAUGUUGGUAGUUUGUCUGUGGAGGUCUUUAAAUGUGUCUACACUGCCAUCCAGAAGGCUGGUGAUCAAGGUUUGACCAUUGAAGAAGUUUCCACAGUUAUGAAUACGUUAGGAGAAAAAAAAAUGGCUGAACUUGUCAUUGAUGUUCUGCAAAAGUUUGGACAAGCAGAAAAGGUUAUUUUUGAUGGUUCACUUCGUUUCAUUGCCCGAUCAACUAUGCAAGGCAACAACAAGAAGAAAAUGCAUAAGAGAAUAAUUAACCGGGCUUUUCGUAUUGUGAUGCAAAAUCCAGGAAUAUUGGAGGGUGAUAUUAUUCGCAAAAUGGACUUCCCAAUGCUAAAUUCCCAGCCCCUGAAGAAAUUAUUAAGGUUGAUGGUUCGGGGCGGACAUCUUUUUGUCAAGAAGCAUCAAAGUAAACGCACUGGAGUUCCGGCAAUUCUAGGAACGAUGAUCGGCGGUAAUUCGACCAAAUGCGAACUAAUUUAUCGGGAGCAUUUCUUUGCCAACCCCAAGAGUACAUUUCUUUUGUAGGAAAGCUCAUUCGAUAUUUAGCAGAUAAUAAAUCGGUAUCAUGGUUUAUCAUUACUAAUCGAACUUAUGUUCCCCGGACUUAGAUACGAGUGUUGGAUAUGAAUAUAGAUUCCGACAUUAUUUCUUUUUUAAAUUUGUCCGAAUGUGUCGGACAUUAAUUUAGAUCCGAUUUUUUUGGGUGAAAAUGUGAAGUCCGGGUAACAUAGGUCUCGAUUGUAGCACGAACA